AGCUGAAAGAGAAAUAGAGAAAAAAGAAAACAAAGAGAGAGAAAGAAAAGGAAGCUUUAGACAACCGAGUCAACUCGGACGAUUCCUUGCCUCCUUUUACACUUUCCCGCUGAUUCGUUCUCUUUGCCCAACUCAUUUGUUUUUCUUUUUUCAUCGAAUUCAAAGUUCAAUCGACAUUUCCUUUUUCUUUCAGAUUUCGGAAAUCGGUUGGUUUGGAUUUUUCAAUCUGUUUAUGGAUGCUAGAGAUGGCGCAAUAAGUGUAGUGUAGGGAUUAGAUCUUCAUUUCGGUCUGCCAAUUCUGUUGACUUGGUGCUUUUUCUUAGUUGUUUGGGUUGGGAUUUUUGGUUUUAUUGAUUGAUGGUUGUUGGUAAAUUGGAGUUGUUUCUGGUCCAUUUCUGAUUGGCUUUGGAGUUUGGGUCUUCUCGAAGGAGAAGAAGCUCCCAUCUAUUGUCAACUCUGCCUCCAGAUACCUGGAAAGCUGUGACCGAUUUCUCGUGAAUGUCUUGUAAGUUGGACAGUCCUGUUCAAACUCAAAUGGCAGUGGCAGUGUUUAACAGUCCUCUCCUAGGGGAAUAUCCUAGGGACAAUAUGAUAGAAGGGAAACAACCUACUAGGCGGAGACGGGUUUUCGUUCAAACUGAGACUGGCUGUGUCUUGGGCAUGGAGUUAGAUCGCAGUGAUAAUGCUCAUACGGUUAAGCGAAGGUUGCAGGUUGCCCUCAAUUUUCCUACAGAGCAAAGCUCGCUGACUUUUGGGGAUGUGGAAUUGAAGAACGAUCUUAGUUCUGUUCGAAAUGAUUCUCCACUUCUUCUGACACGAAACUCUUUCCAUAGAAGCUCCUCAACACCGUGUCUUUCGCCUACGGGAAGGGAUCUUCAGCAGAGAGAUGGAAGUGGUCCUAUUGAAAUGCUGGGGCAUUCCGAUAGCUUUAAUGUUUUAAAAGUUGUGGUGAAGGACAUUGUUAAGGCAAUUAAGAUGGGUGUUGAUCCACUUCCUGUCCAUAGUGGUCUGGGAGGUGCCUACUACUUUAGGAAUCCUAGAGGUGAGAGUGUCGCAAUUGUGAAGCCAACAGAUGAAGAACCUUUUGCACCAAACAAUCCAAAAGGCUUUGUUGGGAAAGCCCUUGGACAACCAGGUUUGAAACGUUCGGUUCGGGUAGGUGAGACAGGUUUCAGAGAAGUUGUGGCUUACCUUUUGGACUAUGAUCAUUUUGCAAAUGUGCCACCGACAGCACUGGUAAAGAUUACUCACUCAGUCUUCAAUGUCAAUGACGGUGUGAAUGGAAUUAAGCCUCUCAAGAAGAAUCUGGUUAGCAAGAUUGCAUCUUUCCAACGGUUUAUUUCGCAUGAUUUUGAUGCUAGUGAUCAUGGAACCUCAAGCUUUCCCGUUUCUGCCGUGCAUCGUAUAGGGAUUCUUGAUAUACGAAUAUUCAACACAGACAGGCAUGCAGGAAACCUUUUAGUACGGAAGCUUGAUGGAAUUGGGAGGUUUGGUCAGGUAGAACUCAUUCCUAUUGAUCAUGGCCUUUGCCUGCCAGAAUCUUUGGAGGAUCCAUACUUUGAGUGGAUUCAUUGGCCUCAGGCUUCAAAGCCUUUCUCUGAGGAUGAACUUGAGUAUAUAGAGAAGCUUAAUCCUUUUAAAGAUUGUGAGAUGCUGAGAACAGAACUUCCCAUGAUACGGGAAGCUUGCCUACGAGUUCUUGUACUCUGCACAAUUUUCCUCAAGGAAGCUGCAACAUUUGGUCUCUGUCUUGCUGAAAUUGGUGAGAUGAUGAGUAGAGAAUUUCGGGCUGGAGAGGAGGAACCUAGUGAGCUAGAGGUUGCUUGUCUUGAGGCAAGGAGGCUGAUAGCAGAGAGGGAGCUAUCAUCUCCUAAGUCCGAUGAAGGUGAUGCAGAGUUCCUGUUUGAUAUUGACUCCGAGGAACCAGAAACUGAUUUCACCCCUAAUAUGGCUAAUGAUGAUUUUAUGACAAGAACAUCAGUCCAAUUUGGAAAUGGGUUUGUGAAUAACCAUCGAUUUCCACUUUCGAAGCUGGAGGAAUGCUUUGAGGAAUAUGAUGAAAGUGAAGGAGAAACCGAGCGGGAUGGUUUUUCUCCUUUCAUAGCUCUUGAAAGGAUCCCAUCCGUUUCAAAAAUUUCAAUGUCACUCAAAGAUACCUGCUUAGGUGACAAGAGCCAGAAAUAUUCCAAAUUUUCUGGAACAAAACAAGAAAGCAGCUAUCUUACUUGUUCAUCCGGGAAUAGGAGUGCAAAUGAGCAACUUCCUGCAAGUGUGAGCUUUGUGAAGCUGGCUGACAUGAAUGAAGAGGAAUGGGCCUUCUUCCUGGAGAAGUUCCAGGAGUUGCUCCACCCAGCAUUCAACAAACGAAGAUCCGUUACCGUGGGUCAGAAGCAGAUACAGAGGCUCGGUACAUCGUGCCAGUUUUGAAGUUGAGGUGGUAGUAUAUCGAUCUGAGUUGAGUUGACGGAAGAAGAAAUAAGCCAUUGUAGGUUUGUUGGGUCUUGAGAUAAGAGAGUAUUAUUAGGAUAGAUUCAGUAUCCUUGGGAUAUUGUAGGAUGAAUCCCCCUCCCUGUAAAUAUUCUUUGGCUUCAGCUAAGUGGAGAGCUGAGGUUAGUAGAAUUUGUUGUAUUUCUUCCUUAAGCUUUUAGCUUUUUAUUUGUUCUUUUUACUCCUCUACUUUUCACAUGAACUUUGUUGGAUAAAUAAUUUGUAUAUUGAAGCUAAAAAAGAAAAAAAAGAGUAUUUAUGUAAAUUUGGGCAUUUUAA